AUGUCCGAGGAGCGUCCUGCGAAACGAAUCCGGAAGGGCACAAGGAGUUGUCAAGAAUGUCGACAUCGCAAAGUUCGUUGCAUCUGGUUGUCCGACAAUGCUCAGGUCUGUCAAAGCUGUGCGACCAAGAAUCGGACGUGUGAACUACAGAUCGAAGUCGUUCAGUCGUCAGAGCCAAAGUUGAGCUCUCGAGCUCGUAUUGAAGCCUUGGAGAAGCAAGUUAAUGAUUUAUGGGCUGCCAUCAGCUCGGGUGCUGGUGUUGGUGCUACUAGUAGCCCAAGUCAACCACGAUAUCAUCCUCAAGCCGACGACACCAGAUCCAUCAAUAGUCAAGACCGUGAAUCGAGUCCUGACACCUCAGAACCCUCAUCACCAGCAAACCCGCCAAGUCACCUACUUCGCCUAUUUGAUAAUGACCUGCUUGACUCUAAUGGACAUGACAUUACGACGCCGUCCACCCGAUUGACCAACUCUUCCACUUACAAGGAGACAUCCUCCUUACUUGCCUUACUACCAAGCCGCGAAGACAUGGUAAUUAUCGCUGCUAAUUCCGCUUCCUGGCUGUCAUGGUAUAAGGUCCUUUUCUCACUCAACUUGGCCAUGGGCACUGGCGAUAUGAUGCUUUCAACAUACGACAGGAUCAAGCAGUCAGAAACGCAUCCCGUGCCCAUCGCUACUCUAUUACUGGCCAUCGCUAUCACGGUCCAGCAAGCCCCGACUGGUAAUGCGAUGAAAAUGUUGCAAAGCAUACCCGAUGCGAGAGCCUUUAUCAAGACUGUUUCCACAGCAGUAGAGAGGUCUGUGAUGUCGAACGAUGACUUGAUCGCAGAUCUGGAGGGUAUCCGGGGCGCUCUGCUCUUUGUCAGACUUCAACUCGGCCGAGCGAGGGUGAGAAAAACGUGGCUUACACUUCGACGAGUCAUUGCCGUUGCGGAAUUGAUCGGUCUACCUCGCGCUGCCGCGACCGUUCAGCUCCAUGCAGAGCCUCAGUCUCGACCAGUCCAGGUCCCAUCCGACUCUUAUCGUGAGCACGCACAAGCUGACCAGAAAGAAAAAGCUGAGGUCUGGGAGUCCAUCUGCGCCAUCGACCGCAUCAUGUCUCUGAUGUGGUCCUUACCAAUUGCUACUGCAAGCUUUCCACUUCCUAUGCGGCCUAUUAUAGAUAUGCAAGGUGAAGUCAUUCCACAGGCUUUCAUUCACAGACUUGCAAACAUCGCCAGUCGCGUCUUGGAACUCGAUGGCGUCUAUACACAAAGCAAAUCCGUUCCGGAACUACUCAAUAUGGUCAUGUCUACAGAUCAAGAACUGCAAGUUCUGGCGCAGUCUCCAGCAAAGUCAUGGUGGCAAGAUCAUAGAUCGCAGAUGACUCCAUCGGGCCUAUUCCAGUACUGGCACACGUACAUAACCAUCCGAACUCAUCUCCGGCUGGCCCUUGCUUACGACCAUGAUCAGAGAUUCUUCUACAACUUCAUGUCUUGCUUGAGUGCUUGUCAGGAGCAUGCCCGGCGUUAUACUUCACUACGUCCACUUUUGCCAAAGGGCUUCUUUGCCAAUUUGAUUGUGGAUCUACAGGCUUUCUCGGCGAUAAUCUUCCUUUUGCUGGCUGCGAAUAAGCCGGCGACGACCUCCUCUUCUGCAUUCUCUUGGCGUAUCAUGGAUACACAACAGACUCGCGUCUUGAUUGAUGAAGCUGUCCAAGUUAUGGAGCAAGCAUCCAAGCGAACGGAGAGUCAGUUCGCUGCUCAUGGAGUGGAGGCUAUCAGAAGCCUUCGCUUACUACUUCAACGACCAAACUCGGCUGAGCCACAAAAGGUCAGUCUGCUUCUGCCCCUAAUUGGGCGCAUUCACGUCUCUCGCAAGUCCAGUGGUAGUGGUCAGCAGUCAAACCGGACAAUGCAACCUGCUGCAGGUCAGGAACUCGAGUUUGCUCCUCGGGACCCACCGGGCGGAUACGCUGCCGACACGGCAAACAUUGAAGGGUCGAACUACCUAGACCCUGACAUUAUUAAUUCCUUGUCAUAUUCUAUGGAGGUGCCGGAAGACUAUUUGUUUUUUACAGACCAGAGCUUUGGUGCCGAACAGUGGCUUACAUGGAGUACUUAA